AUGUCUUAUACUCAACUACCAUACUCUAAUUUUAUUCCGAGACUUGACUUUAGUAGAAAUCAAGAGAUAGUUCAGUACAUCUAACAUUGACAACAAAUGUCAGAACUUAGAACUAUUCUAAUCAAAUAGAGUGCACGUGCGUUGAGUGAAUGACUAAAUCGUAUAAACUAGAGUUAGAACUUGGAACUAUUCCAACUUCCCCCCUAACUGAUUCAGCCUUGCAAAUAUCAGCAGCCCAACUUCUUCAUCAAGGUGUUUUGACCAAAUUCCGUGUCCUACAAACAAUCUGCCAACUGCCAAUAAUUUAUCUCCUUCGUCAUGGAAAUUUGUACUUUUAAUUCAUUUUUACACCCGGGCAUCCCCUUUCUUACGCCUCACUCCUGAAAAUCUCUCUCACUCUCUCUCUCUCGCUCUCUGAGCGGAGGCGCCGUACUUGCAAGUGCAUUACUCAAGGUACUGUGACUCUCUUCAACUUAUCUGAUCUGGUCUUUGGGUGUGUUAUUUCAUGGAAUCCAUGGCCACGGAAGAUGUCACACUCGAAUUCUCUUCAGUGCCUGUGAAGGUAAGAAAUGAAGCAGACAAGACCUCAAUGGUUCAGAAUUCGAAACUAGACGAAUCCAUGAAGAGACAAAUAAUAUUUCAGACCAAAGAGGAGAUACGAGAAAUGCACCGAACCUGCUACCGAAUUCCUCUUGCUAUAGAAGAAAAACUGGAUGAAAUAGAUCUGUUAAGGUGCCAGUGGCGAGAUUUAGCUGAUGAAGACGAGAGAUAUAAGGAGUUUAUUGAUGGGAAGAAAAACAAAAUAGUACGUCAGGCUCUGCGGCAACAUAGAGAUGGAUUUGAAUUUGGUACAUUUCAAAAGAAAAGUGACGAUUUAUGCUCAUCGGAAAAAGAACUUAAUUCUCGUAUGUGCAACUUGUAUUAUCGGACACGAUGUGGGAGGAACAAAUGCGCUGAAGAGAAAAAGCUUUGCGCGGAAAUUAAACAGCUUGAAGACACCAGGGAGAAAGUUAUCUAUAAAGAUAAGAUAUAUGAAGAGUGUUGUAAUUUUCAGACGGAGGUUACAUGGCCAAAGUUUGAGCGCCCUGCGAAAACAUUUCGAAACAAGAUUAAUCUUGAAGAUAUGGACUUGAACAAAUUGAAAAGGGCAAGGCAAGUAUACGGAGCAAGGCUCAAGUAUCUUCGGGAAAAAGUAAAAUCGUUGAAUAACGAGAUUAGAGUAUUGCAAGCUACUUUAAUAACAACAACCAAGAAAAGCAAAGCUGCUGAAAAAAGGUUGCACCAACUGCAAAAGGAACAAAAUACUGAUCGAACGAACUGGAAGGACUGCAUAAAGAAGAGGUAUAAGGGUGAUUGGAUACCAAAUGCAGAUGCAUAUUUGCUUCAUGAGAUAGGACACGUCAGCAGUUGAAGAUAUAAGAAGAAACACUUUGCUUUAUGAAAAGUUCGACUUUUUCUUUUAUUUCUGAAAAUCAUUCUAAAAUUAUGUACCCAAACUAAUUUUUGACUCCUUUUAUUUUCAGAAGUCAAAAAACAACUCCUUAAAUGGUAUUCAGACAUGUCACCAUCAAUUCUAUAAGAAGUUAAUCUAAUUUAAGAAAAGUUAAUUUAAGAGAUCACUUCUAUAAGGAGUGGGGAUGUUGCACCAAGCUUUGUUAGUUUGUUUUUGAGUAGGAGGUCUGUCCUGAGCCUUGGCAUGUCUGGCGUUUUGGGAGUGUCUUUAUUUUUAUGGAGUUCUCUUUGUAGUUGAGAUGGAUAGAGUCCAUAUUUCAUGUACUUUUGUCCCUUCUUUCUAUGAAAAUUUUAA